AGAGUCCUUGUUACUCCUGUUGACCUAACGUAGUGAAUGCAGUUAGCCCCGGAGGCUAGCCCGCCAACAGGGUCAUUCCCGCCUCUUAGGGUCGCCGGGACCGCGUGCCCUUCAGCUGCCUCCUUCACCAGAUUUUCAGCUACUGAUGUUACAGACAAUCAGAUACUGGAGCAUAGAGUUGAGGAAAAGACUUAAACCAGAUUUUUCUUCAGUCAGUUAAAAAUAUGGAUCCUGAAUCAGAGGGGCCGCAGAUUACCAAAGUGACACCUCUUCAGCAGAUGCUCGCUUCUUGCACUGGGGCUAUACUGACUUCGCUAAUGGUGACACCCCUCGAUGUUGUUAAAAUUCGACUCCAAGCCCAAAACAACCCAUUCUCCAAAGGAAAAUGUUUUGUGUAUAGUAAUGGACUUAUGGAUCAUCUAUGUGUCUGUGAAGAGGGAGGCAACAAAGCAUGGUAUAAGAAACCAGGACGUUUCCAGGGUACAUUGGAUGCCUUUUUGAAAAUUGUUCGAAAUGAGGGCAUUAAAUCCCUGUGGAGUGGCCUUCCCCCUACCUUAGUGAUGGCAGUUCCUGCCACAGUUAUUUAUUUUACCUGCUAUGAUCAAUUAUCUGCUCUCCUGAGAUCAAAAUUAGGAGAAAAUGAAAGUCGUAUACCAAUUAUUGCCGGAAUUGUUGCCAGAUUAGGUGCAGUAACUGUGAUAAGUCCAUUAGAAUUGAUUAGAACCAAGAUGCAAUCUAAGAAGUUUUCUUACAAAGAAUUGCAUCAAUUUGUCAGCAAGAAAGUAUCUGAAGAUGGUUGGAUUUCCCUUUGGAGGGGCUGGAUUCCUACUGUUCUUAGAGAUGUACCAUUCUCAGCAAUGUACUGGUAUAACUAUGAAGUUUUAAAGAAGUGGUUGUGUGCGAAAUCUGGUUUAUACGAACCAACAUUUAUGAUCAACUUUACUUCAGGGGCAUUGUCUGGUUCUUUUGCAGCUGUUGCAACUUUGCCAUUCGAUGUGGUAAAAACACAAAAGCAGACUCAACUUUGGACAUAUGAAAGUCAUAAAAUUUCUAUGCCUUUGCCUAUGUCAACCUGGACUAUCAUGAAGAACAUUGUUGCUAAGAAUGGAUUUGCAGGAUUAUUUACAGGCCUCAUUCCCCGUUUAAUUAAAAUUGCUCCUGCUUGUGCUAUUAUGAUCAGUACCUAUGAAUUUGGGAAGGCUUUUUUCCAAAAGCAAAAUGCUCGAAGACAACAAUACUAGUGAUGCUGUUUCAACUUGAAUUAACAACCAAAGCCAAAUAGUAAGAUGGAGACUCUUGGGCAAAAACUCUUUCACCAUUAUCUUAAAAUGGUUUUAUAUAUUUCUUUCUUAUGAUUUAAAUGAGCAGUAAUUUCUACUUUGCCUCUGAAUCAUAACCCUAAUUUUAAAAUAAAUUCUGUUACUCUGAUUUUUGAGAUAUUGAAAAAGAUAUUCCAGAAGUCACACCAUUAAAUGUUCCUGUAAAGAAAAGAAAAAUUAUUCCUUAGCACUGAAAGUGAUAAUCUCUUGAGAGUUUGAUAUUACAGAUUUCAGUAUAACGUCAUUGGGAAUGUGUCAGAUAUAUCAGAACAUUUUGAAUUGUGUGCUGAAUGAUGUGCAGAGUCUAGAAGAAAAAUUCCUGUCUCUAACUCACACUUAAAUCAUACACAUAGAUAUUUAAGUAUUCCAACAAAGUAGAUAAUAGAUGGCAGUCUUUAAAUAACAUUAUUCGCAUUUACCUAAUUACCUAUUAGAUUUUUUUUAAUUCAAAUGCAUUAGUUUUUUUAUUUUACACCUCCUGUUGCUGUGAUAAGGCUUCACCAGUAUUAGGAUUUCUCUGCCUAAAGGUAUGGCUGUUUUAUCUUUAUGAACCAGAAUAUAACUGUUUAUGUGAUAAAAGAUAUUUUUGGUGACUAAAGACUCUGUAUUAUCUACUGUUUCUACAAGAGAGAAGGAGUCUUUACUGAUUGUGUUAAAUGUCUGGCACAGUGAAUCUUGGGUGUGCACUGGAAAACCACAUUAUAUUUAGAGUAGUAAAAAGAACGUUUCAGCCUGGGAAGGGCCCUGGUUUCAGCUGUCUUGGAAUCCAGGUAUCACUGUUUGUGGAGCUCUCGAGGUCACACGUAUUGUUGUCUUUUAACAACACUGAAAUUAACACAGUAUAAGCCACAAGUACUUCCACAGUGUCCCUUGAUUUUACACAUCUCAUGUUAGUAUGCUACAUCAAGAGACUAAAGAGGCCACUGUUUCCUUGAACAAACAGCUUUUAGUCACUACAGGCUAAUGGCUCAGUAAUGUAGCUCAUGGCUGUAGGAAUGAAACAGGACUAUGAUGGAGGGACAGAAAUGUUCUGUUAUUUUUGUUUUUGAUUUAUUUUCUCAGGAUCUAUAUCCUAUAAGAAAAAGCACUUUAUUGCAGUUUAUGUGUAUGCUAUGACAAUGUGAAGUUUUGGUUUUUUUUCCUAAAAUAGAGUAAUAUAGUUAGGUGAUAGAUCUCUAGUGUUGGUAGAGGAAUUAUGUAUUUUGUAUUUUAGGAGAAAAGAAGUUCGUAUGUUUCGUCAGAAAUAAACUAUAUAGGGUUAGUAUGUAAUCUUGUGUUUACUUUAUCCUGUGUUGAUUUCCCUUAAAUUUUUAACAUACAUAUCUAUAAAAUCAUAAAUGUUUAUGACUUUAACUUACAUUUCCAUUAAAGUAUUUUAUGCUUAAAAUUAUCACUGUGCUUCAAGCUAUUUUCAUAUAAAAUCAUUAUGUUAAUGCUGUAUUUUAUAAACACUGCUGUUUAACGGUAUUAAAUUUACCUUUGUUCUGUUAUGCUUUUUGGUAACUGGUAGAAAAGAGAAAAAUUUAAAUUUAUAAUUAUUAAGAAGCAGUCACAUAUUUCAACUUAAUAGAAAUACCAGUAGGGAAAUCCCCAUCGCCCUCCCACCCCCAAAACGGACUGCACUUAUUGAAAAUUCUUAGCAUUUAUGCCUAAAAUAAAUCUAAUUCCCUAGUAGCUUUUCUAGUACAUAUUACAGCCAUGUAUCUGCAUGAAAAGGGUGAAUUGAAGCUUUCUUUAUACUUAAGUGGUAAAGAAACAUUAAUGCUUUAUUUAAACAAAAAAAAAUAGUAGCAACUGAAAAGCACUUGGCUAGAAAUUAUAAUCUUGGUCAUGUUUCUGAAAGCUAAUAGUUUCGAUCUACGUGAAAUUUUCUAACAAAUACGUUUACUUCCUUAUGUGUGUGUACAUUUUUUAAAAAGAAAUUCAAGUUUUACAUCUUUGCCACCUUCCAUAUAAUACACAUUUGACUUUUUGAACAAGCAGAUAUGAAGUUAAAAUAAAUUUUUCUUUUAUUUCUAGGAAACUAUUCACUAUGCUUAGACUCCUUUAAAUUCUUACCUCUUGGGCACCUGGGUGGCUCAGUUGGUUAAGCGACUGCCUUCAGCUCAGGUCAUGAUCCUGAGUCCCAGGAUCGAGUCCCGCAUCGGGCUCCCUGCUCAGCGGAGAGUCUGCUUCUCCCUCUGACCCUCCCCCCAUCUCUUGUGCUUUCUCUCUGUCUCUCAAAUAAAUAAAAUCUUUAAAAAUAAAUAAAUUCUUCCCUCUUUCUGGAGCAUGAAUUCCAGGGAUAUGGGAAAGUUUAGUAUAUCAGGUUUUCAUUUUUUUUCCAAAACAAACUUUUUAAAUAAAUUUUAACCUAUCAUUUGACAUCUCUGAUCUUUUCCGUGGCCGCCUCAAGUUUAAGAAGCACUGGAGAUAGGAAGUGCUUCAGAUACUCACUUGGCUACAAAGCUGGCUGAGCUGUGAUUGACAGAGGGCUGCAGAGGGAGCGCUGGGAGCGCUGAGGGAUUCUCCACUGAGCUUGCAGGGACUGUCGGGAAAUGCUAAGAUGAAGACAAUUAAACGUACCUGGACAGGGCAGUCUCAGUCAGGCAACGGAAGUUAGUCCCAAGGAGGGAAAAACAGGAAAGCAACUGGAAACCAAGCAAGUAUUUUUGGCACAGGUCUAAGAAUUACAGAGUUGGGUUUGGUUUCCCACCCCCCCAAGACCAGCAAUUAUUUUAACUGAAAAGAAAAGAGGGUAGCAUAGUUUAGCACAGCACAGCACACACCAGAAUGUGUCACAUGUAGUAAGGCUGAGUCUUAUGUAGUGAAACUUUAGCUUCAGUUGGGUUUUAGAGAAAUCAGCAGCACUAUAGAAAAUGGGGACUUAAAUAGUAAGGACUGGUUUGGACCAGAAUAGACUUUGAAAAGGGACCAUAAUAACAUUGAUGUGAUUUUUAUCUGCCCCUUCCUAUCAGUUAAAAAGAACUAAUGCUAAAAAAGAAAAACUGCUUUGCUUCCAGAAGAACAAAGGGAACCAAUUAAAAAAUACUUAAGAGCCCUGAUGUUCAAAGCAGUUGUGUGACAUUUCAGAGGGAAUUGACCAAGAAUUUCCCUAAGUUGUCAAUUUGAGACACACUUUUAACCACUUGAAAACCUGUGUGUAAGUCUAGUAAAUACGACUUAAAUAACUUAGUUUAUAUAAUUUCAUUUAAUGCUGACAUCAUCUUGAUGCCAUCAUAGGUUCUGAGAAGAUGAUGUUUCCAUUUUAUAGGUGAGAAAACAAACAUGGCUCUUAUAUAAUUAUGUUAGCAACUACCAAAAUCACUACUGUAUUGUACAACUUCAACCGAUAACUGUGUAUUAUAAAGCAGAUCGUGUAAUUUUUUUUCAAUAAAAGGAUAUUUGAGUUGAA